ACAUAUAUAUAGUAUGAAUUACUAUGGUCUAUCAAACAAUGCGCUUUCAUUUCGGAUCGAUGGAGCAACAUUGGGUCCGGAAGAACCGUGUUUUUAUUGGCGUCCUAAUUGCCUUACUACUAUCUUUGCUUGAUGGCUCGGUUGCAGAAUGGUUAAACCACGGGGCUGACAUAAGCAACUCGAGAAGUGCCAUGGACCCAAAGAUUAGUCCACGGACUGUCUCGAAUCUGAGGUUGAGAUGGAAGUUCUUUACCGGAAGUGAUGUAUCUGCCACUCCAGCAUUAGCCAAUGGCGUGGUCUACUUCCCGUCCUGGAAUGGCAUCUUGUACGCCAUAAAUGCAUUCACCGGCGAUCUCUGCUGGAAGCAGAACCUCACCGAGCUGACUGGGCUCCAAGGCUCUGGAGUACCUUUCAACUUCACUUUCUCGAGAUCAACCCCGACAAUUGCAGGUAACCUCCUCAUUGUCCCAAUUUCUGGGCCUGCAGUUGUGAUUGCGGUGACUCGAUUGAGCGGGAGCCUCGUCUGGUUAACUAAGCUCGAUUCACGUCCUUUGGCGCGCAUAACCAUGUCAGGAACAGUUUAUAUGGGGUCAUUCUAUGUUGGAGUCUCGUCAUUGGAGGAGUCGUUACCGCCUGAGGAAUGUUGCAUUUUCCGGGGAAGCCUGGCAAGGUUAGAAAUUAGGACGGGUGCAAUUGAAUGGCAGACAUACACACUCCCAGAUAAUGGAGGCAAACUGGGUGGCUAUGCCGGGGGCGCCAUAUGGGGGAGCAGCCCUGCCAUAGAUCCGACGCGGAAGCUGGUCUAUGUGGCCACCGGGAACCUCUACACCGCCCCACCUAACGUCACAGAGUGCCAAGAGAGGCAGAACAAUCAGACGACAAGACCAACUAAUCCCGAUCAGUGCAUUGGGCCUGAUGUCAACUUCAAUUCCAUCAUUGCAUUCGAACUAGGUUCAGGGAGGAUCAGGUGGGCCAGCCAGCUCGGCGGGUACGAUAUUUGGUACUUCGCCUGCUUAGUCCCAAACAACCCAGACUGCCCACCUGGGCCGAACAUUGAUGCCGACUUUGGGGAGGCUCCUAUGAUGCUCAGCAUAUUGCAUAACGGGACGAGACGGGAUGUUGCAGUGGCGGUGCAAAAGAGCGGCUUUGCUUGGGCUGUGGACAGGGACAAUGGAGACAUCGUUUGGUCCAAACUCGCCGGGCCAGGAGGAGUAGAGGGAGGAGGGCAGUGGGGGGCAGCCAAUGACGGGAAGAGGAUCUAUACGAACAUCGCCAACAGCGAGGGGAAGACUUUCAAGCUAGCCCCCUCGAACCAGACCACUACCGUGGGGGGAUGGGUGGCCUUGGACGCCAACUCGGGGGAAAUCCUAUGGUCCAUAGCAAAUCCUAGCAAUGAUACCGCUCAAGCGCCAGUCUCAGUGGUCAAUGGUGUGGUCUUUGCCGGUUCAGUGGCCCCAAAUGGCCCCAUAUAUGCAAUUAAUGCAAGCAACGGGAACAUACUGUGGUCGUACGACACGGGGGCUACUGUGUAUGGAGGGAUAUCGGCGAGCUACGGUUGCAUAUACCUUGGGAACGGAUACUUAGUUUUCUCAGGAUUGCACCCUACUUGGAACGCAGGGGCCUUCCUUUACGCAUUCUGUUUGUGGUGAA